AUGGCGACCUCCAUCGCGACGAAGCGACCGUUCCUUACGUUGCCAUUCCUUUUACCAUCAUUGUCCGACUCGCUGGCGCUCGGAUUCCGUCGAAACCAAUCUUCAUACCGCCGCACUAAGCAACGGCUCCGUGUCAAGCCCGACACCUCCUUUGGCUCAUCUCACCAGGGGCACGAUCACAUCAUCCACAACCCGCCAUCUAGUGCUCCCAAUGUUUACCACACGCCAUCUAAAUUCCUGCCCGCCGAUGACGUUCGCCGAUCCUCCAGCCUCUCCACUACCACCAUCACCAAUGCUGAGGAUCUCCCCGGUGUUUACAAGUCCGUGCCCGAACGCACAUAUCACCUCGCCCCUUCAGACAUUGAAGAAAUCCGGAACCUCCGCUUGACGGAUCCCAUGACCUGGAGCCGAAACAAGCUUGCCAAGCGUUUCGAAUGCUCCCCCGUUUUCAUUGCCAUGGUCUGCCAGGCAAGCAAGGAGAAGAAAGAGAUCCAAGCCCGCAUCCUGGAAGCUGUGCAAUCGCGAUGGGGCCCCAAGCGACGCAUGGCCAGAGAGGACCGCGAAUUGCGGAAGGAAGCCUGGGGACGGGACGCAUAA